AUGCUUUCCUCGAUCAUCAAAGAACACAAUCAAAAACAACAAAAAGUCAGAGAGGAGAAUGACAAACGAAGACAACAAACCAAAGAGAGUUUACAAGCUGUGAGCAAUGAACUGAUCAAUCAGACAAAUUCCGAUGUGGUCAAAGUUUUUCAAAAUCAACAAGUGAUUGAAAAUGAAGCAAAACAUCUUCACGCUCAGGUCGAACGAUUUAACAAACAAACAACACAAUGGAUACAAACAUUUCAACAAUUAAAUCAAUGUUUAAAAGAGCUAGGUGAUGUAGAAAAUUGGGCAAACCAUAUCAACAAUGAUAUCAAAUAUAUUGUGAAUAACAUUGAAAAGCACAAGUCAACCCCGUAA